AGAUCCAGACGUCCCUCAGCCAAACGGUGAGCAUCCCUCCAAACCCUUCAUGAGAACCCACAAACAGCUGAAGCGUUCCCGGGCAGCCUUCUCCCACAGCCAGGUCAUUGAGCUCGAACGGAAGUUCAGCCACCAGAAAUACCUCUCUGCUCCGGAGCGAGCCCACCUCGCCAAGAAUCUGAAGCUCACCGAAACCCAAGUAAAGAUCUGGUUCCAGAACAGAAGAUACAAGACCAAGAGGAAACAACUGGCCUCUGAGCUUGGAGAACUUGAGAAGAACUCACCUCUCCCGGUCUUCAGAGAGAACAAUUUCUCUAGGGCUACCUUAGCACUUUCUGUAUACCACACCUAUCAGUACAACCCCUAUUUAUGUUAUCUGAACGGUUGGAGCCCAAUCUUUUGGUAAAUAAUGCUGUCGGUGACCCAGGUCUCUCAGGGAUUCGUUUGUCUUCAUUCACCCCCCCCCCCAAACUCCCCACUAACUUUGCUACCAUGAAAUCGAUUGCCCAGAUAGACUUUGCAGUAGCGGUGGUAUUCAAAAAUUUUACCACCAGUUCUGUGGGCGUGGCUUGGUGGGCGUGGUGUGGCUUGGUGGGCGUGGCAGGUGGAAAAUA